AUGACAGCGACAACUUGCGCUCUCCUCUUUUUGAUUACCGGGUUGAAUGUAUUUGUAGAUGCGACUACUGCUACCACUACUGAUAGAGCGAGAUAUACUCUGCGUCUUCCUGCGACUGCAAAGUACUAUCAAAAGGAUAUCGACGAACUCGUCCGACAAUAUGAGCGCUACGACUCACAGGAUGUAGUGCGGAGACCUAAUAAGCCGGUAAUGAAACUCCUCGCUCAUGUUAACGCCGACGAAGGAGAAAAGUAUUAUGAUUUCGACUCUUUCAUAUCUUAUUCUGGAAAGUAUCCCAUGGGCAAUGAGGAUAGACUACAACCUGGGAGACUGUAUUUACCAGUAAACCCUCAUGCCUCCCACCAUGAGGAUAGAGACGGCAAGGACUGGACUAUUUGGUUCAAAUAUCCACCGGCGCUUCGAAAACGGCAAGUACGGACGGAUGCGACCUGUCCACCGGGGAACUCACCGUGUACGAAUAUUCAGAAGCCUGGGUAUUGUUGUCCGGGCGGGACGAGCUGUGUGAGCAUUCAAGAUACCGGGUUUGGUAGUGUAGGAUGUUGCCCAAACAACGAACCAUGUGGCGAUAGUCUUGAUACUUGUGCGCCUGGCUAUAGUAAAUGUCCCUCGGGAUCUGGUGGGGGAUGCUGCCUUCCAGGUUAUAUCUGCUCUCCUCAAGGUUGUCUCAUAAAUACCUCCAAUAUACCUCCUCCAACAACUGUAAGCUGGGUAUCGACUACGACGAUCGGACUAGAUAUCUGUCAGACAGGGUACUAUCCUUGCCCUGGCUCUUUCAACUAUGGCUGCUGCCAAGUUGGCUACCACUGUGCCCUUCACGCCUGUCCCUACAACACUGGCACAGGCACGCCAGGCGCCGAGUACAUUGCUCCAACAUUCGUAAUAGGCACCACAGGCAGUGUAAUCAUCAAUCCCGGGACCACAGACUUCGGUCCCGGAUUUUCAACGAUAGACAUAGCAACUGUCACCGCUGCUUCAAUAACAGGGAAUAACACGCAGGAUGCACCAAAAAUCACCAACGCACCUGGCAAUAUCUUGAGCCUAAACAACUGUCCGAAUGGAUGGCUGACGUGUGGUGCUGAGUUUGGAGGUGGUUGUUGUAGAUUUGGGAGAGAUUGCGGGGUAGGAUACUGUCCUGUUCCUACUGAUGAUGGUAGCAACGGGAGCACGGGAGUAGUGACCGUGACUACGAAUAAUGGGUGUCCGGCGGGAUGGUUACAAUGUCCGGCUGAGGUGCAGGGCGGAUGCUGCCCUUCCGGAUAUGGAUGCGGGGUAUACAAUUGUCCGGCUACGACUACACUACAAGAUGGAGUACCAGUAAUUGUAACAACCGCAGCAGCAGCACAGAAGUUAUCGCCCGUAGGAAGAAAUGAUGGGACCAGGACAAGCGGGGAGAUAUGGGCUUUAAAUCUCAUUAUAGGAUGGGUUUUUGGAUACACUAUAUUGGUCGGAAUGGCCUGA